AUGCAAUCUCCACUCACCUUGACGUACAAGGUCGAUUGCUGGUCCUUCACCUAUGCUGGAUCAUCGGCGAACUUCUCAGGCCACCGUGUGAAGCUGAUGGCCGGGCCGGGUUGGCGAUGUUCUUUGAGGCUCUUGAGACCCUGGCAUACCAGGCUCAGCCGGCUCUCCAUGGGUCUGGCGGGGCCGAGGCGCCAAACGUGGGUGAUCGAAUGA